AUGGCUAACGAGAUCACUGUGGAUGUGGACCCGGAUUUGCACUUAGUGACAAAUGAAUACAAUUCUGAUGAUUGGAGCUCCGAGACCACUUCUAUUGGUUCCUCUUUAUACAGAGGCCUUAUGGAGAAUGGCCGAAGAUACCAGUCCCUUAAGUCCGACGAGUACUGCUUUCCUGCCGAUGAAAAACAGUUCGAAACCUACGAUGCUGCACAUCUUGCAGCUCUAAUCGUGGAUUCUGAGGAAGAAAAUCUACUUUUUCAAUCCCCGUUGAUCCCAAGGAACGUUCUUGAUCUGGGGACUGGAAAGGGGUCAUGGGCUAUUGACGUUGCGGAUAUGUUCCCUAAUGCUACUGUCCGUGGAGUGGACCUUUUCCCACCGCCAGUUAGCUGGAUGCCACCUAACUGUAUUCUCGAGGUGGAUGACGUUUUACAGGAGUGGACCUGGCGUGAAAAAUUCGAUUUGAUUCAUCUCCGCAUUAUGGCAAGUGCUUUUACUCCUAAGGAGACAGAGCAGUUGAUGAAGCAAAUCUACGAACGCCUAGAGCCUGGUGGAUGGAUUGAGCAGAUGGAAAUCCAUCCAACAAUCUAUUGCGACGAUAAUAGCAUUCCGCAUGAUAAUAUCUUAUUUGACAUCGGACCCCGGUUCGAUGCUGCCGCCAAUAAGUCUGGAAAGCCUAUGGACCUUAUCAAAACAAUGCGGGCCUCGAUUGAGAAAGCCGGUUUUGUCGGAGUUCGCGAAAAGAACGUUAAGUGGCCCAUUGGCCCAUGGCCUAGAGACAAAAAAUUGAAAGAGCUUGGAUUAGUCAACCUCCACCAUUGGCUGACUGGUAUGGAGGGAUAUACGAUGUAUCUAAUGACUAGAUUUGGGAGUCCGAUCCCGUGGUCUAAAGAGGAGGUGCAUGUCUACAACGCCAAGAUGAGAAAGGAACUGAUGAAUCCUCGCCACCACUCCUAUCAACGCGCGAGAAGAGUCUGGGCUAGAAAACCGUUCCCGGACCUGAAGACUGAGUAG